AUGGCCCACGAGAGUUCGCCAUUCCUUCCACAGUCCCCGCGCGGCCGGCCGCGCACUGUCCGGAGCUGGUGGCAUUCGCGCAGCCGCGACGUGGUCUCGCUUCUGACGCUGCUGCUGCUGGUGGGCACCGGGCUGGGAAUCUGGGUGUACGGCACCCUGCCCACGUCCGACCCCGACGGGCACCCGCACGAGUACGCCCUGAGCACCACGCGCAUCCGCAACCACCUCAGCAAGUUCCUAGAGAUCGCCGAGGCGCACAACAACUCGCGCUCGGUCACCAACGGCCACGCGGCCAGCGCCCAGUACGUCAUCGACCAGCUGCAGCAGCACGGCAGCUGCGACGUGCACGUCCAGCACUUCAUGUCGCCGGUGUGGACGGUCAACAAGGCGCCGGUGCUCCGGGCGUCUGGCCCGGUCAUGCGCUAUGGCGGGCAGGGUGCCGAUAUCAAGAACGCAAAGGUGGCGGUGGUUGACGACGGGUGCACGGCCAGCACAAUUGGGGACGUUGAGGGGCGUAUAGUGCUGUCGGCAUUCUUGCUGGAGCAGCUCGGCGCAAGCGCUGUGGUGUUCAUUCGCUCGUCUCGGUAUCCGACGCCGUCGAGGGCGCGUGUGCGUAUUUCCGACUGGAAGGAGGGAGACCCGCUGAUGACUGUGCCGGUGCUCUCGGUGACUCACUCAGUGGGACAGGUGCUCGAGAGCCUCAAGGGCGUGCGCCUGGAUGUCUUCACCGACACCCGCAUCGAUACCCCUGACAGCACGGUCCUGGUCGGCUCCCACCUGGACUCUGUGGCCGCCGGCCCCGGCAUCAACGACAAUGGCUCUGGAUCGGCGUCGACGCUCGAGAUCCAGCUCACUCUGACUGCCCUCAACUACCGCCCGCACAACCGCCUGGUGUUUGCUUGGUGGGGCGCCGAGGAGGACGGGCUGCUGGGAUCGCGCCAUUUCGCGCGCGUGCUGGCGCAGGGGUGGAAGAACCGGUGGACCGACAGCGAGACUGUCGGCGGAGUCACAUGGAGCCAGAUCGCACUUGACCUGAACUUUGACAUGCUCGGGUCGCCCAACUACAUUGCGCUUGUGCAUAACGGCACUGAUGCGCCCAGCAAUGCCCGCAUGGGCUCGCAGCGCAUCCAGCGUGUGUUUGAGGACUAUUUUGUGCGGCACCAGUACCCGUUCCAGGUCACCGAUAUGCUGGCCGGGUCGGAUUUCCUGCCAUUCGUCGACAACGGCAUUCCUGCAGGCGGCGUGCUGACAGGCGCGGGUGAGCUCAAGACCAUUCAGGAGCGCCGCGAGCAUGGCGGCAUGGCCAACGCUCCGCUGGACACGUGCUACCACCGCGACUGCGACGGCGUCCUCAACAUCAACGUCCGGGGGUUGGACCAGAUGUCCAAGGCCGCCAUGUAUGCCGUAAUUCCUUGGCACGCCUUUUAG